AUGUCUCGAUCGGUGUACUUUCUCGCGUGUUUCUUUCUACUAAUAACCAACGCGCAAUGCCACAUUUUGGAUAAAAGAAUCAUAUUAAAAGUCCGUCAGAAUAUCGAGAAAGCCAUCAAUUAUAUCGAUGAUAAUUACGAUAAGAUGAACGAAGAUUGCCUGUUCGGUGUGGUGUUGAGCAUUGCUAUUAUGAGAGACUCGUACCGCAACGGAAGCCACAUAAUGGAUUCGAGCACUUUAAAUAUCAUAAACAAGUUGAGAAAAGUUCUACAAAAAGCUGUACCCUAUGUUAAUGAAGACCGAACGUGGAAAUCCAUGUUGAUUCCCCAGUUGUGGCAAAAGAAUAUAGAAUACAAAUACAACGAAUUAAACAGCUUCUCUAGCGUUAAAAACAUCCAAAUUCUAACAAACAUAGCAAAAUACCACAACGACAAAACAUUCCUAGACAAAAUGGAUGCCUGCUUGAAAGAUAUAAUAACCACUACACAAUCAUUAACACCAACAUUAUGCCUAAUAAACGGAAACUGUUGGGAUAUUUUCUAUCGAAACGACAACAUCUCAUCCGGCUACAUUUUAACGCACAAACUGUUAUCCCUGCAACUGGCCAAACAAAGAAACUGCAUAAUCGACGAACGUUUCUACCGAUCGAACGCCAAACACCUCUGCUCCCGCAUGUUCUCCGAGAUACUAAACGGCGACUAUUUCGAUCAAUUGGACCGCAUGUUCGACCUGUUCCUCGAAGAAGCUGUACUGUGCGGUUACGAGGGCUACGCGGACUUUUUCUCCAACCGAUGGUUGCUGUACAUUUUGAAAUCCCAACGGUCGAGUGGCUGUUUUUCCGCGACGUUGAGCGACGAUUUGAAGACUAAAAUCAAACGAACGACUAAUAUAUUCGAAGACGGAUGCGCGGAUCACACCACCGGUUUAGGACUGGCCGUUUUAAGCUUGUACUACAACUUUAUCGUUAAAGAAAUAUUCGUCUAA